AUGGCUAACAAAAUUCUUCACGGAAAUUCAUGUUACCACGUCAUCGACACUCCGACCCUUAACUGGAGCGACGCUCGAACAACUUGCCAGAAUCUGGGAGGAGACCUCGCUAUCGUCAGAUCAGAAGAUGAGAACAACUACAUACUUGAACUGCUAAAGAAGCAAGAAACUGUGCAAAUUGGAGGUGCAUGGGUUGGACUUUACCGAAAGGCUGACAAUACGUUUUACUGGAUCGAUGACACUCCAGUAACGAGCCAGUUUUCUGUAUGGGGAAAUGGAGAACCGAAUAAGGUCCGUAAGAAAUGUGUGUUUAUGCAUGCUUGGUACGCACCAGGAAAGUGGAAUGACGUGGAAUGCAGUUUGUCACAGGCAGAGAAGAGUAUAGCCCCAGUUAUCCUCUGUCAGAAAAGGUUGAUGUCAUGGCGAGGUGACUAAUCAAUCAAUUAAU